UACGACUCAGACAACAUCACAAUCGACAAAGGCAACCUGCAGCUGCUCGUACCUGUGAGGUCGGAGUGCUUCUACAGGCAUUCCCUUCUCUUUCUGGUUAGAUUGAAUCUCGGCUCUGCAAAUCCCUUAAUUUGUCUGCGAUGGAGAAUCUGACGAAGAGGGUUUUGCUGACCUCCAAUGGAGACGUCGUUUCGAAGGGUAUUGCUUCUCAUCUUGCCAAGCGCGGCUGCAGGUUAGUUCUAUUGGGUUAUGAGAAAGACCUCCUAUUGAUGGCUGGGGACAUCAAGAGAUCUUUGAAGGGAAUGUAUCCGAUUGAAGUUAUUGGACUGAAUAUGGAAGAUGAAAGGGAAGCGGCUUUUGACGAGGCUGUGGAUAAGGCAUGGAAGCUGCUUGGGGGGUUAGAUGCUUUUGUUAACUGCCAUUGCUUUGAAGGCAAAGUUCAAGAUCUUCUUCUUGUCAGUGAAGCUGAAUACAAGAAGGUAGUGAAAGUGAAUCUCAUGGCACCAUGGUUUUUGCUACAAGCUGUUGCUAAAAGAAUGAGGGAUGCUAACUUUGGGGGAUCUGUUGUUUUCAUGACCUCAGUUUUAGGUGCAGAAAGAGGUUUGUAUCCAGGAGCUGCGGCUCUUGGUGCAUGUAUGGGUGGUGUGCAACAAUUGGUUAGGACGGCAGCAAUGGAGCUUGGCAAGCACAGCAUACGGGUUAACGGCAUAACCCGUGGCCUUCACCUGGACGAUAACUACCCAGUUUCAGUAGGUAAGGAAAAAGCACAGAAGCUGACUGCAGAAAUUAUGCCGCUAAAGAGAUGGCUCGAUCCUGAGAAAGAUCUGGCUUCCACUGUGCUCUAUCUGAUCGCAGAUGACUCUCGCUACAUGACCGGCACGAACAUCUUCGUUGAUGGCGCUCAGUCAAUCGUCAGGCCUCGCAUGAAAUCGUUUCUCUGAGACCGAUUUAGAUUUCUGUAUGCUUUCUUGUUCCUUAUUUUGUUUGCCAUUGUCUUUCGUGAAGUAAAUGAUUGAUGUUGAGUGUUAUCUUUAAUGCUUUCUUUUAUAUAAAAUGAGAUGAUGUUUUCUCA